UCCGCCGCCGCCACCGCGCGCGUCCUCCACCCCCGCCCGCCCGCCGCCGCGCUUCCUCCUCCUCCGCCCACCGGCGUCGCGCGCGUCCUCCUCCGCCCGGCCGUUGGCGCCAUGUAUGGGAACUCCGGGCAAGCGCCCCUCUAACGCGGCGGGGGCCUCGCCCAUCCCCCGCCGCCUCCAGGCCGCGGUCUCCACGGUCUCCACCGCCCAGAUCCUCCGCGCCUCCGGCUACUCCGCCGCGGAGGCCGCCGCGCUCCGCGCCCUCUCCGACAUCGCCGGACGCUACAUCGAGUCCCUAGGCCGCGCCGCCGCGGCCUUCGCCGAGGUCCACGGCCGCACGGAGCCAAACGUCGCGGACAUCGUCCUCGCGCUCGAGGACCACGCGCUCGGCGGCUUCCCCGGCGCGUCCGACCCCACGCGGCCCGUGCUCUGCUCCGGCACGCUCGCGGAGCUCGCCGGGUUCGUCGGCGCUGUGAAGGAGGUGCCGUUUGCGAAGCCCCUGCCGAGGAGGGAUCCUGGCUCCGGCGCCGGCAAGGGGUGGGAGAGCUUCGCGGCUGCGGAGAGGGAGCCGCCGCUGAGGCAUGUUCCGCAGUGGCUGCCCCGCUUCCCCGAGGGGUGGGAGGAGCGGCUGCACGGCCGCAGCGGCGAGGCAGAGGUGAAGGACGAGGAGGACACGGGGGAGGUGUUGACUGUGAUGGCCAACGGCAAUGCCGUGGAGAACGGCAGGAGAGCCGUGCCAGAGAACAGGGAGAAGGUCUCGUUCUGCUUGAGGGAGAAGCGGCCGCGGCAUGCACUGCCACCGGAGAAGUGCGGUGGCGCCUUGGAACGAUUCGUGAAAAAACAAGAAAAAUUCCUGUAGAAGAGAUCAAGAGAUGUGUGCCUGGUUGCGCAUCGAA